AUGGAGGAGCAGCUCACAAAGCGGCAACAGAAGCUUCUAACAAAGCUGAGCAAGGCGGAAGAGAGUAGCGGCCGACGUCCGUACACGCCACCAGACAAGGAGAAGCCUGUGAACAAACUAGCUCUGCUGAAGCAUCUGGUCAUCGUCUUGCUUGUGGCUGCUGGUCUCCUUUGGCUCAAGAGCGGCGAAAGCUGGUACGACGAAUUGGUCAGUACCACAACCAAUCUCGACUUCGAUCCUUACAAGGUUUUGGAUGUGCCUAGAAACGCUCCUGCGUCAACCAUUAAGAAGCGUUACCGUGAACUGAGCUUGAUAUGGCACCCAGAUAGAAGAGAAAGCUGCGACGAGGAAUGCCAUGUUUUCUUCGACAGGAUAACUGAGGCGCAUAAGAUUCUGAGUAGUCCGCAGAAGCGUCAGUUAUAUGAUACUACGGCGAAGGUAUUGGAGAAGACGGGUUCUAUGUUCACGAGUGAUAUGCAUCCAUUUGAGUAUGUGUAUUCUCCGGAAGUGUGGGAUAACAUUGUGAAGCCGAGUGUGGAAGGGAAGCAGUUGGGUAUGGUUAAUCACAUAUCAGGUGUGUGGGUCGUGUUUGUGGCUCCCCCAUCGUCGUUGACUAGCCACAUUUUACCCAUUUGGAGUGAUUUGGCGGCUAAGUAUUACGGUCGUAUUUCCUUCUUACGUAUUGACGCAUCAGAUCCUUCUUAUGAGAGCAGGAUGCCGUUCAGAAUUCGGAUGCAACCGGCAUUCUUUAUGUUAAGUCCAGUGGAUGCCCCUUUGUUCUAUUCGGACUUAUCCAAAUUCAGUCCGGCUUCCUUCGUGGAAUGGGUUAACACUAAUAUGCCAUCACCAUUCACUCGCUGGCAGGGAACCGACGAAGCCUUGGCUGAAUAUUUGCUUAACGGACGCAACGAGGAAAAUAAGAUCCCGGUCGCCGUCAUCUCCAAUAAGCUACCAGGCACUGUUCUCAAAGCCGCGGCUAUCAAGACCGAGAGCACACUAGAAUGGAUCCAACCGCCUAGCUCGCGCUUCAUGGACUACAUGGGAGAAAAUGUUCAACAGAACGUGGCACGCAUUAAGGAGGGAGCCGCCCUCGUUACUAGACUCAAUGAUACCGGCUAUGUCAAGAUUAUUGCCUCCAAGGCAUACAAGCUGGACGGCGCUUCUUACGGAGCCAUCACCAAAGAAAAUAUGGACGAGACCACCGCAGGCAAAUAUCUCAAACUCAUGACCGGCCUAAGUAAACGAAUAAUCGCUGGGAAUGCCGUCACCGGCUACCGGGAAAACUACCGCUAUCUCUGCGGAUCGGCUGACAAAACAACCUAUUGCUAUGUCAAGAAAAAUCAGCAUAAGUUCGAGCCGCAGUUUAGCCUUCUGCAGAAGGAGUUGGCCGCCAAAAAUGAGACCAUUCAGAGAGUAUACCUGCCUCCGAAACAUCGCGCAUCUCAGAUGUCCGGACUGCUGGAUGGAGUCUCCGGCUGCAGUGGAGUUCUCUUACAGCUGCAACAAGAAAAGAUAGCUUGCGUCCAGGAAGACGGGACUAUUGGCGAGUGGCAAGAUACCGGAGAUACAAGUCGUUAUUUCCCCAGACUUCGCAAGACCAACUGGGAGAUUGCGUGUCGUUGGGCUCUUACUCACCCCCUUAUGUCCGCAAUGAUCGUGUCCUUCCCUGUCAUGACGUACCAGUUGAUCAUGUAUUUUAUCAACAGGAAGCGCGCUAAUAAUAAAGCCAACAUUAUGCACGGAGAUUCUCAUGGAGCGCAGCCACUGAUUCCCCCGGUGGGUCUGCCGGAUCUAGGACAGCCUGACCGGUCGUGGAGACCCAGUCCCGUCCAUAUCACGGACGUGCAUGACACUGAUGUCAACACUUUGAAUUUCUCCCACUCACUAAGAGACUCGGAGGAUGCGAAAACUUCGCCAGUACCGUCCGAUAUCGAAACAGAGACUGUGAUAACGGAGGCGAGCGUCUCCAUUCAUCAGGCCACCGCGGGUUCAGUCGGCAUUUUGUCCCAUGGCUAUAUAACUCACGAGAGAACCUCAACCAAACCGCAUCCGCCUCCCUCAGCAACUGAGCUAUUGAUCACUGAACCGGCCACAGGCUUUGUUGGACAGAUUCCGUCAACAACUGAAAUAUCGUCAACUGAAGCGUCAUCCACUGAACCAUUGUCAACCGAAACAGCACGGACUGAAACAGCUUUGACCGAAACAGCAUUAGGUGAAACAUCCACGAGCGCUUUGGCAGACGAGCAAACCCAUUCGACAGCUUCUUUAUCCGGCGAGGACCGGCUUGAACGGGCCUACAACUCGUCUGUGCCAUAUUAUGGUGGUGAGCUGCCAAGUGCAUACUUCGACGGGCAGACAUCAUCAACGAGCACAACGACAUCACCACCGCGCGUUUACGCGCCCUUAAUGAUGUACAAUCUAGAUGACAUGCUUCAGAAGCCGGCACCUCCAUUGAGCCCGUACGUCAGAAAGCCGCAGGAAACCGUGAUUUAUUGCUAUCCCUUCGCGGAUGGUGAAAUCAUGACCAAGUGCAAACAAGGAGUGGAGACAAUGGAGGCUACAGGAGUUUACAUCCCUAUGAUGAAUGAAGUGCAGACUAAAAAGAGCGAGAGGUAUUACGAGUACAUUGAGCGUGUCCGAGCGCACCGUCUCCCGGGUGGCCGCAACCCCACAGUAUACGGGGUGGCGUACGACAACCCGAAUUGGGAACUCAUUAUUGAUAUCUUGAAUUCGCAUGCCAAACUCUUCGAUGGAAUUAUGCUAGAAUGGGUGGGCGCGAAAGCCUGUAUUUGGAACAUCAAUAAGCCUGCUCGUCAGCAGAUUGACACGAUUCUUGAGAAAGCCGGACCAAUAUCCUACUUUUUUCGACAGCAGGAUUGUGACCAGUACUUGCUGAAACGCGCGGGGACGAACGGUGCCUUCUUCAAUCCGAACUCCGAGGUUGAUGUGAUGGACUUGAACGUGACCAAGGGCAAGUUCCCCGUCUUCUUGAAGCCUGUCUUCCCAUGCUUCCAGGGUGAGGAGGGGCCUUGUUACCAGGCCUUCAGAGACUACCCAGAGGAAUCUUGCUCUGACCGGCAGAAGUAUUCGUUCAGCCCAUUUGAGCCGCUGGGUGGUCUGAUGAUGUAUUUGCGGAAUGAGACGUGCCACGGGUUAAAUGACCAUGACCUUUACAGUGUGAUAUGA